AUGGUACUCCUUGACCCGUCUGGUGAUAUUCCGCUCGCCAGUUUCCAUCUCAGUGGCAAUUCAGUUCGCAUUCGUCGCGCUGUUCCAACGUGCGCCACCCAUGGCGACAUGCUCUCGUCACCUCUGAUCGAUGUUCUCACAGCCGAGCGAGACAACGACGCAGCAGCUCCCACAACUGUAUUCCAUCAACUUGGGCUGCCUGGUCUAGUCUUCGGCCUCACCGACAUCCGAGCAAACUCGAUGUCUCUUGAAAGACAUCAGUUCGUCAUCACUGCAGUGGACAACACGGACUUCACCUUCUUUCUCGGGUCAGGUACAGCGAUUACUCGGCGCCAAGGCGCGCCGUCCACGUACUCGUUUGUCGUGCAUCCUGGCCACGACGUCGUUCUCAUCGUCUCCAUGUCGAUCGCGCUGGCGCUGUUGGGUUGA